AUGCCAUCCAACCCCUUCUCCCGCCUCACGAGCACUUCUAGCUCUUCAGAUACCGCAUCAAUCAACACAACCUCAUCCACAUCAUCAUGGACAAAGCUACUACAAAAGAGCAACACCAUCUCCACAUAUUCGACCAUCAGCAGCACAUCAUCUACUGACACCAACCAACCCAAAAAGACCAAAGACACUCUAUCGCCAGGGGAAAAGCAGAAGAUCAAGCAAAAAGACCGUAUGAGUAUGCAAGCAUUGGCUAUGCAUGCUGCACUCAAGUAG